AUGGCAAAUCAAACUAAUACGGAAAUUCAUCAAAUUGGUUCUCCAAAAGAAUUUGAUGAAUAUAUAAAUCUUCCAACAAUAAUCAAUAAAUUAUUAUUGGUUCAUAUUGAAUUGGAACAAAUUCCAGUUUGUAAGACGCUCAAUGAAGCAUUAUUACCAAUUACUCGUGAUCCUGAAUUUAUGCAACAAUUAGUUAUAUGUCGUUUAAAUGCUGAUCAUUUUUAUGAUCUUCUUAAUGCUCAUAAUGUUAAUGCAGCACCAACAAUACUUUUUUUCCAUCGAACAAAAGUUAUUGAUCGUGUUGAUGGUUUUAAUCAAAGUGAUGUAUUAAAAAAAAUAAAAUUCCAUAUAAAUACAAUUGGUGUUGUUCAAUCAACAGAAAUAAAAUCUGAACAUGAUUCACCAUCAAUUCAAGUUGAAAAUAAAAUUAAACAAUUACUUGAUUCAUCAUCAAUUAUUUUAUUCAUGAAAGGUACACCAGCAAGUCCACAAUGUGGUUUUAGUCGACAAGCAUGUCAUUUACUUGAUGAACAUAAAAUCAAAUAUGAUUAUUUCGAUGUACUUGCUGAUCAAAAUGUACGUGAACAAUUAAAGAAAUAUUCAAAUUGGACUACAUAUCCACAAUUAUAUGUUGGUGGAGAAUUAAUUGGUGGAUUAGAUAUAAUGAAACAAAUGAUUGAAAAUGGAGAUUUUGAAUUAAAAUUAAAACAACAAAAAUCAAAUGAUCAAGAAAAAGAUACAAAUAAACAUUUAGAAAGUUUAAUUAAUCAAGCACCACUCAUGCUUUUUAUUAAAGGUACACCAGAAGCACCACGAUGUGGUUUUACAAAAGAAUUACUUGCUUUAUUAUCGAAAGCUAACAUAACUAAUUAUAAAACAUUCGAUAUAUUACAAGACGACAAUGUUCGACAAAAAUUAAAAGAUUAUUCAUCAUGGCAAACGUAUCCACAAGUAUAUGUUAAUGGACAAUUUAUUGGUGGUUUAGAUGUACUUAAACAAAUGAAUGAAGAGGGAAUAUUAGCACAAACAUUAACUGAAAAACAAGGAGUAGCUGUUUAA